AGCCCCCGCGGCUCCUCCCACCCCCGAGGGGCUUUUCUCCCGCCUCCGGCGACCUCAGUCGGCGAGCGCAGCCGCCGGGGGCUCGUUUCCGCCGGGCUGGAGCCGCGGGCGCCGAGGGGCGGUGACCCCGGUGCACGCCGCGGUCUCCCGGCCCGCGCGCCCCGGCCGCCAGCAUGGUGUUGCUGGCCGGGCCCGGGCCGGAGGGCGGCGGGGCGCGCCGCGUGUCUCCGCAGCCGGCGUCCCCGCCCCGGGACGCUCAGGCCGGGGACGACGCUGCCGACUACGAGGAGUACGAGGACUUCUCGUGUCUGCCCGACACCCGCAGCGUCGCCUCCGACGACUCCUUCUACCCUCUCGGCGGCGAGCAGGAAUACGGCGCCGCGAGCGCGGAGAGCGUCCCGGAGGGCGUCCCGGAGGAGGCGACCCUCCUGCGCGCCGCCUGCGCCAACGACGUGGGGCUGCUGAGGGCGCUGGUGCGGCGGGGCCCGAGCGCCGAGGAGGUGCGGGAGACCGACCGCAACGGCCGGACCGGCCUUAUUGUCGCCUGCUACCACGGCUUUGUGGACACCGUGGUGGUCUUAGCGGAGUGCCCCCACGUUGAUGUCAACUGGCAAGACAGCGAGGGGAACACGGCCCUAAUCACAGCCGCGCAGGCAGGGCACGCCAUCAUCACCAACUACUUGUUGAACUAUUUUCCUGGUCUUGACCUUGAAAGGAGGAACGUGUUUGGGUUCACGGCCCUGAUGAAAGCCGCCAUGCAGGGACGGACGGAAUGCAUCCGAGCCCUGAUGCUGGCAGGGGCAGAUGUCCAUGCCAGGGACCCCCGCCGUGGGAUGUCCUCGCAAGAGUGGGCUGCUUACACCGGACGGUUGGAGGCCGUCCGCCUCAUCCAGAGGCUGCUGGAGCGGCCCUUCCCUGAGCAGUUUGGGGAAAAGUACAAGCCAGAGAUGCCGCUCCCCCCGGAGGCGGUUCUGAAGCCCUCCGGCUCCAAAAACUGCUUGCAGAGGCUCACGGAGUUCGUGCGCUCCACGCUGACCUCCCGCUCACGCCAGGGCCUGGAGGAUGGGGGCGUCCUGGACCAUAUGGUCAGGGUGACCACGAGCCUCUACAGCCCCGCCGUGGCCAUCGUCUGCCAGACCGUGUGCCCCGAGAACCCUCCGUGUGUGGGGAAAAGGCGGCUGGCAGUGCAGGAGAUCCUGGAGGCUCGGGGGAACCCGGACACGCCCGCCCAGGGCCGUGAUCAGGGAGGGGGCGCCGAGCAGCCGCCGCCGACCUCCCAGGCCGCGGGCGUCUCCAAAGAGGGGGCUCCGAGGGCCAGCGUGGCGUCGCCGCCGCUGCCAGGUGCCCCGCGGAGGGCCAGCCUCCUGCCCCUGCAGCUGCUGCGGAGGACGAGCGUGCGGCCCGGCGUGGUCAUCCCCAGGGUGCGCGUCAGCAAGGCGCCCGCGCCCACCUUCCACCCCGAGCGGGCGGCCGCCAAGGGCAGCACCAAGGACAGCGCCCACCUGCAGCUGCCCAAGUGGAGGUACAAGGAGGCCAAGGAGGAAAAGAGGAAGGCGGAGGAGGCCGAGAAGCUGCGGGCGGCCGCCGCGCAGAAGGAAAGGCGGGCGCCGUCCUGGAGGAAAAGGACGUGAGGGGUCGGCCGCCUGGAAGCGUGUGCGGCGCGCGGAGGGGGCAGCGGGGCUCCGCGCCGGGAAGGAUGCGCCUCCCCCUCCUCCCCUCCCGGGCCCUUCCGCAUCCCUGCGCAACGCGCGCUGCGCAUCCC